ACAAAUUAAAAAUAUUAAGAGAGUACCAUCAUUAGUAAUAUACUCUUAUGAGCUAUGAGAGUGGAUUUUGAGUACAGCUGUGGCUGGAACAAAUUCUUACUGAAUUUCGGGGGUUUCUGGCCGAAAUGUCAAUCGUCUUUUAUUGGAAAGUACUGGCCCUUGAUAAAUGCUGCCUUGGUUGUCAUUGUCAUAAUUAUCCCCCGGUUCGCUGCCAUGUCCUUAUUCUGGAACGAAAUCGAUGCAUUCAUUCAAUCGUUCACGACUCAAUUGGCCUUCAUGUCAGUGUUCUUUAAAUUAAUAGUAUUGCAAUUUGGAAAUGAAGUUCUAGUUGAAUUAAUAUCAACGAUGAAGACCAACUUGUCAGUGGAAUUGACAAAGCAGCAAUAUGCACCUGUAUUCAAAGCUGCCAAAUUCGGCAGAACUAUUUCCACAAUUGUGGCAUUCAGUUUUGUCUGCGUUGUCAUCACUGGUGUCAUCUCACUGGUAGUAUUUCCCAUCCAUUCCCAUGCACUCGUGAAUAGUUUAGCCACUGGACUCAUGCCAACUGGCUCAUCAGAAAUUGUAUCACUUGGACAGCCUCUACAUAAGGAAUCCCGAUCCCCAGCUGUCGGUGGAUUUUUUCUUCGUCGCUUACAUACCAUUUGACACCUCCAAUAUCAUCACCUACACCACA